AUGCGCCCCUUGCUACGCAGGGCACGCAAUGUCUUCGGUCGUGGCAUUAAGGAUGACCAGGCAAGAAGUUCUUCGGUUGAUACUGGAUCUGCUGAGGGAUCCCCGGAGAAGAAAGAUCCUGGUGCUACUGACAACGUCGUCCCUGUUAACGAAAAUGGAGCCGAAUUACCCCAGGCAGGGCUGCAACAAGGUGUCGCUGAUGCUGAGGCUAUGACUCUGACGUGGUCAAGAAAAACCCUUUUCUUGGUGUUUUUGAAUAUUUGGUUCCUGUACUUUGUCAACGCGUUUCAAUCAUCGGUCUACGACACUAUCAGCCCCUAUGUUGCGAGUUACUAUGAAUACCAUUCACUAUCUGGUCUUCCUACCGCUAUCGGUGAUGCGUGUUCCGCCGCGGUCUUCAUCCCAGUAGGCAAGAUGCUCGACACCUGGGGUCGAGCAGAGGGUUUCUUACUCAUGACUAUCUUCUCAACCUUGGGUUUGAUUCUCAUGGCCGCAUGCGAUGGCUUUUCUGUCUACUGCGCUGGAUAUGUCUUCUACUCGAUGGGUUUCAUGGGCAUGGAGUACUGUGUUGAUGUCCUCACGGCUGAUAUGUCUAAGCUACAAAACCGGGCUUUCGCGUACGCAUUCACUUCAUCCCCAUAUAUUAUCACGGCAUUCGCUGGUCCCACCGUUGGCCAGGAAUUCUAUGCUCUUCCUGGCGAUGGCUGGAGAUGGGGAUUCGGCACCUGGGCAAUCAUUUUCCCUCUCACUGCUGCCCCCCUAUUUUUUACGCUGAAGUCCACUCUUCGUAAAGCUCAGAGGGAGGGCCAUAUGGUCCGGGAGUCUAGUGGACGCACAUUCUUUGAGAGUGUAUGGCACUGGACGCGAGAGUUUGACUUAAUUGGUGUGUUUAUCUUUACUGUCGGCCUUGUGCUCUUUGAGCUUCCGUUCGAUAUCGCCGACUACGCUCCGGAUGGUUGGGCGACAGGCUAUAUCAUUGCUAUGCUUGUUGUUGGAUUCUCCAUGCUGUUCUUCUUCGCUAUUUGGGAGAAGUUCUUUGCUCCAGUGCCUUUCUUGGAUAUCACUUACAUUAAAAACCGCACCGUCAUUGGCGCCUGUCUUUUAGAUGCGACCUAUCAACUCUCCUACUACUGCUGGAACUACUAUUUCACGUCGUUCCUGCAGGUUGUUAACGGGCUAACUCCCCAAGAAGCCGGAUGGAUCAAUCACAUCUUCGAUAUUGUCUCCGGAGUUUUGUUGCUGAUUGUCGGUUUUGUGAUUUCCAAAACCGGUCGCUACAAGUGGCUUCUGUACAUUUGCGUUCCGCUCUAUAUCUUCGCCCAGGGUCUCAUGAUCUACUUCCGUCACGCUAGUAUGAGCGUCGGCUACCAAAUCAUGUGCCAGAUCUUCAUUGCGAUCGGAGGUUCCAUUUUCAUCAUCGUCGAACAGCUUGCCAUUCUCGCUGCUGUUGACCACCAACAUUUCGCCUCGGCCCUUGGUCUAUUGAACGUCGUCGGUACGAUUGGUGACAGUGCUGGUCUUACCAUCAGUACCGUUGUUUGGGAAAACACAUACCCAGUCGCCUUGCAGCGUUAUCUUCCCGAGUCUGCUAUGUCGAACUUUGAUAAUAUCUAUAACGACCUAGUCACCCAGCGAGGAUACCCGUUGGGCUCUGCUACGAGAAUUGCUAUCCAGAAGGCCUACUCCUAUGCUGAGCUGCGCUUACUUGCUAUUGGUACGGGUAUCAUGGUUCUCGCUAUUCCUUGGACUAUGAUGAUCCGGGACAUCAAUGUCAAGGAAAAACCACAGGUGAAGGGAACCAUCUUCUAA